AUGGCUGCCUCUCCUGAGGAAGUUAGCAUUGCCGUGAUUGGCAAGUCCUGGCGGAGUUGGAGCAUGCUUCCUCAAAGAGCUGUCAUACUUAAGAAAGUAGGGCCCUUCCCCUUGUCUCCGCCUCCGCUACAUCGCCAUCAAAUCGAUAUCAACACCGCCCUUGAGACACUCAAAGUCAAGACUACCUCGCCGCCGCCCCCGUCCAAGGUAGCCCUCGUCGACAACACCGGUGCCAACAGCCUCGCAGAAGCCUACCCACUCUUCCUCCACAUCUUCAGUUCAGCGUCAUCCGGACGCUCUUACUUUUUCCAUGAAUCCUCCGUCGGCGCCGGCCAGCCGGUGAUUUCAGCCCUGAAAGAUCUCAUCCCCCACCGCGGCACGAUGUCCCUCCUCUUCAACUAUUUCGCACCGACAGAAGGACAAGGUGAGGAGCGGUUGGUUGCAGUCCGGAAAGCCAAGCAGCUAGGAUACACGGAACCUGAUUCUCUCGACGAUCUCAAUGGCCUCGACGUCGCUCGCAAGCUCACCAUUCCCGGCCGGCUGGCGGGUCCGCCUAUCGAAUUCCCGACUUCGUUCCCUGCGCAGAGCUUGAUUCCCCAGGAGUUACAGAACAUGUCCAGCGGCAACGAGUUCCUUGACCGUCUCCACGAGUUUGACGAGCAGAUGGAGGCGCAUAAGGCGGCGGCUGAAAGGGAGGGCAAGUAUGUGCGCUUCGUUGGCGGCGUUGAUAUGGCUUCGAAGGAGGCCAAGGUGGGGAUCGAGUCGCUUGAUUGUUCGCAUCCUAUCGCGGCUCUGCCAGGAAGUGAUAAUAUUAUUAGCUGCUACACAAAGCGAUAA